AUGUUCGCGUCGAGUAUCCGAUCGAGAGCUCUGGGAUUGAGCCCACGAGCCCGGUUUGAGAAUACUCGUCUUCCAUCUUCCACUAGCGGGCGCCGUUAUAGAUCCGAUGAGCCCCUCAACCGAAUUUCCUCGAAAAUCACACAACCCAAAUCCCAGGGUGCUUCGCAAGCAAUGCUCUACGCCACCGGCCUAACAGAGGAAGACAUGUCCAAGCCACAGGUCGGUAUCUCCUCGGUGUGGUUCGAGGGUAACCCAUGCAACAUGCACUUGCAUGACCUGUCUGCCAUUGUGCGCGAUUCCGUGCUCCGUGCGGGUCUGGUCCCUAUGCGAUUCAACUCAGUUGGAGUGUCGGAUGGGAUCAGUAUGGGUACAAAGGGAAUGAGAUACAGCCUGCAGAGCCGGGAGCUGAUCGCUGAUGGUAUUGAGACGGUGAUGAAUGCCCAGUGGUACGAUGCGAAUGUGUCGCUCCCGGGUUGUGAUAAGAAUAUGCCAGGUGUAUUAAUAGCGAUGGGACGCACGAACCGACCUAGCAUCAUGGUCUACGGUGGCAGUAUCAAGCCUGGAUGCAGUGCAAAGGGCCAGAAAUUGGACCUGGUCAGUGCAUUCCAGUCAUAUGGCCAGUUCAUCACCGGCCAGAUCGACGAGAAGGAGCGGUUCGAUAUCAUUCGCAAUGCAUGCCCCGGCAGAGGUGCAUGCGGUGGCAUGUACACGGCUAAUACGCUGGCCACGGCUAUUGAGACUAUGGGAAUGACUAUUCCUGGUAGUAGUAGUUGCCCGGCAGAUGAUCGCAAGAAGCUAGUUGAGUGCGAAAAUAUUGGCGAGGUGGUUAAAAAUAUGCUCAGGGAAGAUAUCAAACCCAGGGAUAUCUUAACACGUCAAGCCUUCGAGAAUGCAAUGAUUGUAGUGAACGUGCUGGGUGGCAGUACUAAUGCUGUUUUACAUCUGAUUGCCAUUGCUGACUCUGUCGGUAUCAAGUUGACUAUUGAUGACUUCCAGGCAGUAUCUGAUAAGACACCGUUCCUGGCUGAUUUGAAGCCAUCUGGAAAGUAUCUUAUGAAUGAUCUUUAUAAUAUCGGUGGCACACCAGCCCUCCUGAAAUAUCUCCUGAAGGAGGGCUUGAUCGAUGGCUCAGGAGUUACUGUUACCGGUAAAACAAUGAAGGAAAAUGUAGCCUCAUGGCCUGAUUUUCCUGCUGACCAGGAUAUCAUCCGCCCCCUCAACAACCCUAUCAAACCAUCUGGCCAUCUCCAGAUUCUUCGCGGAUCGCUGGCCCCGGGCGGUUCCGUGGGUAAGAUUACUGGAAAGGAGGGUCUGCGGUUUGAGGGUAUAGCUAAAUGCUAUGAUUACGAAGAUGCAUUCAUUGAGUCCCUUGAGCGGGGUGAGAUCAAGAAGGGCGAGAAAACAGUCGUGAUUAUCCGGUAUGAAGGCCCCAAGGGUGGCCCAGGAAUGCCUGAGAUGCUCAAGCCCAGCGCGGCCAUUAUGGGCGCUGGACUUGGCCAGGACGUUGCUCUUCUUACAGAUGGAAGAUUCUCGGGUGGCAGUCACGGAUUUUUGAUCGGACAUAUCGUGCCGGAAGCCAUGGAAGGCGGCCCGAUCGCGUUGGCUCGAGACGGUGAUCGGAUCGUGAUUGAUGCUGAGGAAAGAGUGGUCGAUCUGGAUAUCUCUACUGAGGAGCUCGAGAAGAGGAGGAAGGAGUGGAACGCACCCCCGCUCCGGUACCAGAAGGGAACUCUGAAGAAAUAUUGCACGCUGGUCAGCGACGCCAGCCAUGGUUGUGUCACGGACGGACCGAUAUAG